GAAAUGGAGCUUCUGGGGCUCAGCACAGAGGAACACAGUCUCUCUCCCCGGGCUCAGCCUGGCGUUUGAAACACCAUUUCGACAGCCUUCAUCCCUCCCGAAGCUCUCUCAGAGGGCGGCUUAGGUAACACCUGGGAGCCACCUACCUCUGACCUUUGACAGGUUUUCCAAACACAGCGCGUUAACUUUAAAUUGAUCAAUUUGGAACUGCGACCUUGGUCUGAAAGGUAAGAACGCGUGGCCAUGUGUUUUAUUUUCAAAAUGUAUCGGGAUAGAAACACUUUUAUGAAUCAAUCUUUUUUUUCUUUGAUAGAGUUAGAUUUGGGGUUGGGGGCAGCAAGGAAAAUGCCAGGACCCUGGAUAGCAUGUUUAAAGGUUAAUUAUUAGUGGGCAGCCACCCCUAACAAAGCCUCAAUAGGCGAUCUGGUCUCUUCAGCUUUGGAAAUUAGCAAGAAGCCCUUGGACCCGGCUGCGCUAGGAGAAAUGGAAAGUCCUCUGCGUGUCUCUGUUUUCUUCGUUUUGUGCAUCUGGAUCCAAUCAAGUGCCCAUGGACAAAGCCUGGGACCAGAGCCGUCUUUGAGAAGUUCUCAAGAUGUUGAGACAAAGGAAACAGUGCAGGAGACGAAGACCAGAUUUCUGCUCUUUGACGAAGCUGGUAAAGCCUGUCAGAUUCGGCUCCAUCACCCCAACACGUUACGGGAGUGCCAUUUCAACGCCUCCCUGCCGCUGGUGAUGGUAAUCCACGGAUGGUCGGUGGAUGGCGUGCUGGAAACCUGGAUCAGGCAGCUGGUGGCUGCACUGAAGUCUGGACUGUCACAGCCAGUGAAUGUGGGGCUGGUGGACUGGAUCACCCUGGCCCACCAACACUAUGUCAUUGCCGUCCGCAACACCCGCCUCGUGGGCCGGGAGGUCGCCACUCUCCUCCAGUGGCUGGAGGUGUCUGUGCGGUUUUCUCGAAGCAACGUUCAUCUGAUUGGGUACAGCCUUGGUGCACACGUCUCAGGAUUUGCCGGCAGUUACAUUGGCGGAACGCACAAGAUUGGGAGAAUCACAGGGCUGGACGCCGCGGGUCCUUUGUUUGAGGGAACUCCCCCCAGUGACCGUCUUUCACCAGAUGAUGCCAAUUUUGUGGACGCCAUUCACACCUUCACGCGGCAGCACAUGGGCCUGAGCAUGGGCAUCAAAGAGCCCGUGGCUCACUAUGACUUCUACCCCAAUGGCGGCUCCUUCCAGCCUGGCUGCCACUUCCUGGAGCUCUACAAACACAUUGCCAAGUACGGCUUAAAUGCCAUCACCCAGACCAUAAAAUGUGCCCACGAGCGAUCCGUGCACCUCUUCAUCGACUCCUUGCUACACAGCCGCUUGCAGAACACAGCCUACCUGUGCAGAGACAUGGACGUCUUCAGCCAGGGCCUGUGCCUGAGAUGCAAGAAGGGCCGCUGCAACACGCUGGGCUACCACAUCCGCCAGGACCCGCAGACCAAGAGCAGGAAGCUAUUCCUGGUGACUCGAGCCCAGUCCCCGUUCAAAGUUUAUCAUUACCAGUUCAAGAUCCAGUUCAUCAACCAAAUAGAGAAACCAAUAGAACCCACUUUCUCCAUGUCACUUCUGGGAGCAAAAGAGGAAAUGCAGAACAUCCCCAUCACUCUGGGCGGAGGAAUUACGAGUAAUAAAACCUACUCCUUUCUAAUCACGUUGGAUUUGGACAUCGGUGAGCUGAUCAUGAUCAACUUCAAGUGGGAAAACAGCGCCGUAUGGGCCAACAUCUGGAACAUGGUCCAAAUCAUUAUCCCGUGGGGCACAGAGCCUCGCUACUCAGGUCUGCUUCUGAAGACCAUCAAAGUGAAAGCAGGAGAAACCCAGCAAAGAAUGACAUUUUGCUCAGAAAACACGGAGGAUCUACUACUUCACCCCACCCGGGAGAAAAUCUUUGUGAGAUGUAAAGUAAACUCUAAAAAACUGAAGCAAAAGAUCAGAUAACUGAAUCUUAUUCCUCAUCUAGGCUAUAACAAACUCCCAACCAAAGCUAUAGGAAGAAUUUUGCAUAAAGUUUAAAUAAAGUUUAGAAGUAAAGGAGGCAUGUUUCACUAUUGCAAACUGAGCUUUUAAAAACUGUAUUAUACAACUUUUCAAAUAUUAGCGGAACUAAAAAAUUCCCAGUAUUACCUCUGGUUAAAUGGUAAUGUAUGCAAAUCAGUGCAAAUGUAGGAACCAUUUUGGAUCCGUUGUUCUAAUUUAAAAUGUCUUUUACAAUUAAGUCAAAUUUUCUGCAUGUCCUAGCUAGUUAAUUCUGAGCACUUUCCUGAGCCAUGCUGGAAAGGUGCUUCUUUAUCACAUAACUAGCACUUCAGGAAAAGGAAAUCCCAAUUAAUCACUAAUGGGAUGUCGCACCACGCACACACUUUAAGACAACACGACUCACCGAAAGAAGAACAAUUCUAAUUAACCUCAGAGUUAUCAUCAUACAAAUAAUAGUUACUUACCUGAACCAAACACAUAGGAGUAGAAUUCUGCCCAAACUGCUAAUGAUAACAAUGAGAGCUGGACAGUCAGUCAUCUUAAUAAUUAAAUGACCAGUUACAUAAAUCCAAUUUUCCUCUUUUACUAAUGCUUGCAAUAAAAGCUAAUGGAAAACAUGGGAUAGCUAAAGAGACAAAAAAUCUCACACCGUCCAAGUAAUGAAGUAAAGACGUUUGACCAGCACUUCCUGACAUGAGCUGGCUCUAGAAGCAGAUACUAGACAUGGGAACCACUGGGAGGCAUGUGGCCAGUCAUUGGGAGAGAAGGAAGGUGCUCAGCGCUUUACAGAACGUACCCUGACCUUCACACAGGCUGGGCUGUGCACAGCUCCUAAUUCACCUUCUCUUCCCCGGAGCAGGGCAAACCAGGGCUGGUUGCCCUGAAGGGAUGUCUGCCGCUGACUAAAUCAACUCCAGAUUAUCUUGCAUGAUUUGUUUUAUU